AGGGGCGCGCAGGAGGCGCGCAGAGCUCUCGGGCUGCCCGCGCUCGCCGCGCCUGGGGAAUUGGGCUGUGGGCGAGGCGGCCGGGGCUGGCCUUUAUCGCUCGCCCCGCUGGUGGUUUGAAACUUUAUCAGCGAGUCUCGCCACUCGCCGCAGACGCGAGCGGGGGGCGGGGGCGCGGCGAGGCGCCGGCGGCCGUGACGAGGCGCUCCCGGCGCUGAGCGCUUCUGCUCGGGGCACGCAUGGCGCCCGCACACGGAGUCUGACCUGAUGCGGACGCAAGGGGGUUAAUAUGAACGCCCCUCUCGGUGGAAUCUGGCUCUGGCUCCCUCUGCUCUUGACCUGGCUCACCCCUGAGGUCAGCUCUUCAUGGUGGUACAUGAGAGCUACAGGUGGCUCCUCCAGGGUGAUGUGUGACAAUGUGCCAGGCCUGGUGAGCCGCCAGCGACAGCUGUGCCACCGGCACCCGGACGUGAUGCGGGCCAUUGGCCUGGGAGUGGCCGAGUGGACAGCAGAGUGCCAGCACCAGUUCCGCCAGCACCGCUGGAAUUGCAACACGCUGGACCGGGAUCACAGCCUCUUUGGCAGGGUCCUGCUCCGAAGUAGUCGGGAAUCUGCCUUUGUUUACGCCGUCUCCUCAGCUGGAGUUGUGUUUGCCAUCACCAGGGCCUGUAGCCAAGGAGAACUAAAAUCCUGUUCCUGUGAUCCAAAGAAGAAGGGAACCGCCAAGGACAGCAAGGGCAGUUUCGACUGGGGUGGCUGCAGUGAUAACAUUGACUACGGGAUCAAGUUUGCCCGAGCCUUUGUGGAUGCCAAGGAAAGGAAGGGAAAGGACGCCAGAGCCCUGAUGAACCUUCACAACAACAGAGCCGGCAGGAAGGCGGUAAAGCGGUUCUUGAAACAGGAAUGCAAGUGUCACGGCGUGAGCGGCUCAUGUACUCUGCGGACAUGCUGGCUGGCCAUGGCCGACUUCAGAAAGACUGGCGAUUACCUCUGGAGGAAGUACAACGGGGCCAUCCAGGUCGUCAUGAACCAGGAUGGCACUGGUUUUACCGUGGCUAACAAGAGGUUUAAGAAGCCAACAAAAAAUGACCUCGUGUAUUUUGAGAAUUCUCCAGACUAUUGUAUCAGGGACCGAGAGGCAGGCUCCCCGGGGACAGCAGGCCGCGUGUGCAACCUGACUUCCCGCGGCAUGGACAGCUGCGAAGUCAUGUGCUGCGGGAGAGGCUACGACACCUCGCGUGUCACCCGGAUGACCAAGUGCGAGUGUAAGUUCCACUGGUGCUGUGCCGUGCGCUGUCAGGACUGUGUGGAGGCCCUGGACGUGCACACGUGCAAGGCCCCCAAGAGCGCUGACUGGGCGGCUCCCACAUGACGUCGGCGGAAGGCUCCGCCCACCUGCCCUCCUGCGGGGACUCCGUGGGAUCUGCCAGGACCCUGGGCCUCCUGGCUUUCUCGGGGAGGUAUUUCCUAAGGCAUGUGACCUUUGUCUCAACAGAAGCCCCUUCUCCCUCCGCGGGGGCCUCAGGACGGGGGCCACAUGCUGCACAUAAAGCAUGCCUUAUCCUCCCCGACUUCCAGCAUUCUGGGGGCCCAUCUCUUCCUGAUCAGCACAGAUUGCUAAGAGGGGAAGGGGGGCGGGGGUGGGAGGCUGAUCCCGUCUCCACCCACCUAGAUGUUUCCUCUUUCAGGAGCACUUAGCCAGAGGAGAAAAGAGUGUCCCAAAGGAGCUUGUUUUGUGGUCUCACAAUAAAUGCUCACAGUUACAAAAUUCUGUACUUCUCUCUGGAGGGUAAAGACAGCAGGACCAACUGCCACUGAAUUAACUUUAAAUCUUGAAAAGACCAAGCAAGGCUUUUGCCUGAUCAAGUGAUUUUCACAGCCACCCCCUCCAGGGGUAAUUGGUAAUUGCUUGGAGAAGGAUGGCUUUUAAUGAACUUUAGGUUUAAAAUGCAUAUUUUUCAAGACGUUUAUUGCCAUAUUAAAGUUUGAUGUGACAAGAUGGAACUGUUGUCCUUUGGUACAGUUUGGAAUCUUUACAAUAGCAAGACCCUCAGAAAGGAAUUGCUUUGCAUUACUGUCCCCUUGAUAUAAAGAAGCUUUAAGGAAUGAGACUUCCUUCUUACUUAGGAUCUGAAAGGAAUUUAAAAGAAGAUUGAUGAUCUGGCAGUAUUCUGUGCCUAUUGGGGGAAGAUGGAGGAAAAUAACUUAGUGAGUGGAAUAUCAGAAAAUGUGUCUUGACAGAUAAGGAAAAAAGGGGAAUAAAAUUCCUAUCUGGUAUGAUGCACAUGACCCAUGGAAUUUUGUAGUUGAAAUGGCUUUGAGAAAGAAAACUUUGGGGAUGACAAGACCAGGGAAUCAGCAUGCUGACAGAAAGGUUUCCAGAGCUAAGUCAUGCCUGGACAGCCUUCACCAUAAACAGAUGCCCAGAACAAGUUGGCCACGUGUGCCGAGGAGCAUCAGCUUAUACCCAUCACCCUUCAAGCACGUUUGAAAGAGCUGUCAUACUGAACUGUGUUCAUCUGACGCUGACAAGAUGACAAGACAUCAUAGCCUAGAGCAAAUGACACAUAGCCUUGCUUAUAAAGUUGGCAACUCUAGUGUAUUAUAUUGCAAACAAAUCGUCAUUUGGAGACUAUAUUUAAGGGGCCAGCUGUAAUUUGGGAACAUCAACAUGCAGAUUGUGGCUGGCUUCAGCCAUGAGCCAGAAGAUGACAUCCAGGGAAAAUAGAGAGGCUGCUGCCCCAUUUUGUAUGUUAGGUGAAAGAAAGGCGAAAUAUCUGAAGAUACUUCUCAUCCCCUUGGUACAGGUAGGUUCUGGUUCUCAGUGUGGUCUCUUCACAUUUACUAACAGGAUGUUCCAUUCUAUGCAUCUGGUGUCCAGUGAUCGAGGCUCACUCAUUCAUUGACAGCCUGGCCUUCAGUUUCUUGGUCCUUGCUCUGCAGCAGGACGUCUAGACUGAAGCUCAUGGACAACAACCUGCUGCAGUACUUUGUCAGAAUUGAUGCUUGCCUCCCAGCCCUCAUCAAAAUGACAGAAUUCAUCUCCUUUCCUUCACUCCCAAACCCCCAAAUUUGUCAUCUGAUUUUCCAAAGUAACUUUCCUCUUUUUAUUCUAUGGAUUCAGAGGAUGGGAAGAGUGGAGCAGGGCAGAGUUGCUCUGAGCUCAGCAUGGGCCUUCGAGGGCGAGUGGGAAGGCUGGGCAGGUGGGCUGUCUUAGUUACAUUCAGCUGCCUGUGGACGCUUUUCUGGUGGGGAUGAGGGGACUUGCACGGUGGUCCCACAGCCAUCAGCCCUUCUCCCUGCUGGAUGAACUAUGAAAUCAUAAAUCCAUGGGUGUAUUUAGAAAUGGAAAGGAUCUAAGAGGACAUCUCGGCUCCCUCCAGUUUGUAUCUGAGGAAGCUGAGACCAAGUGGGGUGAAGGCCUCUGUGCACUUAUCUGCCAUUGCCCCCAAUCUCCACUGCAAACAGAGGAGUCAGGAAAGUCAAGCACUUUAUCUAGUUUGUCUCAGAAUUAACCCAAGUGGAUUCUAAGUCAUUUUAGCAUCCAAAGUGGAUGGUCAUGAUUUCUUUUAAUUGCUGGAAUGUUUUGAUCUGACUUUCAUUUCAUGCUGAGAUGCAUCCUUCUUGAUAAGGAGCAAGGGCAUAAGGCAUAUCCAUAUAGAAACCUGCCUACAUUUUCCAAAUCUGUAAGGCAGACUGUGACAGCCCUCUCAAGUGGCAGUGGGUGUGGCCAUGAUAGAGGGAGUAAUAAGAGAAUGAAGUAUUUUUAUCUGCUUUUACAUCUGAAAGAGGAAAUCUCCACUAUUGGAAAAAAAAUUAAAAAACAAUUGAAGAUAAAUUCAAACUCAUUUUCUUUAGGGUUUGGGGGAAGAUCAAUAUGUCAUGAUCCUAAGAGAGACUGAACUCUGGAUUACCUGAGGCUUUUAAGGGAAUGUACGGCACAAAUUACCCAAAACAAAGUAAAAGAACCCAUUCAGUUCGGAUCCCUUACAAGUUCCCUCUCAGUGAAAAUCUUAUGAUAAAACCAAGUUUUCUAGGCCCAAGAGGAUGCCCAUUAAUGUUCGGCAAUGUCUGAAAAAGUUCCAACACAAUAGGCGAUCUUGACUGACUCAGUGGGGUUUUCUACAUAUCUACAUAUCUUUCUAAAGAUACCAUCUGCACAUGACUCUGAGUCUUAGCAAAUGAGUUGUCUUCAAUAAAUGUGCCUCCCCACAUUGGUCUGCACCUCGGAAGACUGGACCGGACUGACUUGUAUUCUGUGAGCAUGCUUUGUCAGGGUGUAUCCGGUUACACCUCGGACAGCCUCUCCCAUCCAAGCUCCAGCACAAAAGCCCCAAGUGCGGUGACCACGACCAGCCGGGGCUCCUUGCCCCUCCAGGAUGGAGGCCCUGGCAUAAUACGGAUAUCACCAGACUGAAAGGAGCAUCCCUGAAGGAUCUAUCAAAUGGCAAUAUAUUCCGUAUUAGGGCCGGAUGAUGGAAAAAGGAUUGAGAGGGAAAGAGCCAGGUGGUUGUUGCCAAGUGACUGGCUGAGCUUGGUGAUGGGGCAGAGUGGCUUUUUCAGCUCUUGUGGGUACCCACCGCCCCUCCUUCUGCUGUUGUUCCCCUGUCCCCUCCCAGCACCUUCUCCCCGAGGCAUUGGGAGGCCUAGAGGUGCAGGGCCUCGGGCCAUUGCUCGCAUUCUCCGCACCUGUCACAUAGCUCUGCGUGAGGCUGCCAAGGUUCAUUUCAAGAGACGCUCUCGAUUGUCAUAACCAUAUUCCUUUCCAUCGGAGCUAUCACGAAGCUCGAAAACAUCAGGUAUCACGUUUCUUUUUCAAAGAAAGUAGCUUUAAAGUCAGAAAAUCUAGCUUCACAUUGACAUUUCUCGGCCUGAUUAAUUUAUUAAGGAAUCUUACAUCAGCUCUACAAAACCUAAAGCAGGGCUCCCUCAGAGGCAGCCAACAUGAUGGUGCACGCACUUGUCCUCGAUGAUGUUUUCAGGCCAAGAUAUUGUUAUUACUUCUCAUUUAUUAAAGGCUGGCCUGGGGCUGGUGUGGUCUCGCUCAGCUGAAGAACAUUCAUCUCCCCUCUUGCCUGCUCUCCAAAUAAAGGCUCAGAGUGGUGUCCAAUCGACCAGAACCAUUCUUUUGUGUCUAUUUACUGUACUUCAACUUGGGUUUCCUUGUCUUAAGAGCAAGAAGCGUACUUUUAACAAAUAAACCUCGCCAGUUCCAAAGCUGGUAAAUUGCUUUCGUCAGGUCUGUGCUGACCUUCUGAAAAACAAUCCACUGGUAUAAAUAAGCUCACAAAGGUGUGCUUAUUUUGACCUUCUCCUUACCUAGGCAGAGAAAAUUUUCACUCAUCCAUGAGAAUGUUCUUUACAUUUUUCAAGGGAUCAGCAAGGACAGGUGGUUUGCAAAGCCCAACAUGAUUAUUAUUUUUCUAAAUCAUAGUUGUUCGAACUCUAGUUUUUUUUCCCUGAUAUUCACAUGAUUCCUGUUUAACCAAACCUCCCACUUCCAUGAGCUAAUAAAAGUGUCACGCAGAUUGUUACAAAGAACUAUUGUUAUUUACAAGUCUACAUUUUCUGUGAAAUCAAAACAUAAUAAAGUGAAUUUCCAGUGUU